CAUCAUAUGACGUUCGUUUUCAAGCAUCAGUGAUGUUCUGCUGUAAAGAUCGUGCAGGUGCAUUUUGCAUACCUUGCAACCAUCCCAAUUCGGAUGAUUACAAGUCCAUAACCGGAAACUUGGGAUCAGUUCCUUAUCAAGAAACUAUGUGGCUCCAUUAUUAAUGUUCUUGGAAUUGUUCCCCUUCAUCAACACACCAAACCCAUCCACUCUUCGUGGAAAUUUCUCUCCAUCAUACCGACGACGACGUUACGAAUUCCGAUCUCCCUCGAUCAUAAAUAGACACUCGACCUUUCAUGGCAUUUGCAGGCGUUCGUCGACCUCCUGAAGCCCUAGAAAGUCCACAGAAUGGAACAAGAGUCCUCCACCCAAUUAAGGCAUCUGGUGGAUGACUUCUACUUCUCUGCGCUCUCCGCCACAGACCAAGAGCUCUUCCCCAUCUCCGACGAGAAGUACGCCGACGAGCUCCAGCUCCAGGAAGUGCUCAUGUCUGCGGUGGUCGCUUCUUGUUCCGCUCGUAUCAGAUCGCCGGCAGUGAGAACCAUAAAUGAGAGGGGCGAGUCCUCUUCGAGCGCCCCAGUGCUCUGCAAGAUCUGCAUGGACACAGCACCAGCAGCCGAGAUGUUCCGGAGCAGCAACUGCUCCCACUCCUUCUGCCGCGACUGCUUGAGCCGGUACAUCGGCGCGAAGGUCCAGGAGAACAUACUGAUGGUGAAGUGUCCGGAGAUCGAGUGCAAGGGGGUCCUGCGGCCGGAGCUGUGCCAGGAUAUCGUCCCGGCGGACGUGUUCUCGCGGUGGGAGACGGCGCUCUGCGAGUCCAUGGUCCUCGCGUCGCAGAGGUUCUACUGCCCGUUCAAGGAUUGCUCGGCGCUUAUGAUUGACGAUGGGCAGAAGACGGUGAUGCAGGCGGAGUGCCCGAGCUGCCAGAGGCUGUUCUGCGCGCAGUGCAAGGUGGGGUGGCAUUCGGGGCUGAGCUGCGAGGAGUUCAAGAUGUUGGGAACCGAUGAGAGGGGGAGAGAGGACCUUAUGCUGAUGAAGAUCGCCAAGGACAAGAGGUGGAAGAGGUGCCCGAGGUGCAAGUUCUUCGUGGAGAAGACUCAGGGCUGCAUGCAUAUUAGGUGCAGGUGUGGCUUUGAGUUCUGCUAUGGAUGUGGAUCAAAAUAUUGGAUGGGUCAUGCUUGCAGCAGUGCUUAACCUGAUUGGUACUGAAGGAUGAAAUCUUUUUGCGUCUGAAGAAUAAAAAGAGCUAUCUUUUGCAGACCAAAUUUCCUGCUCAUGCAACUUUUUGUACUCAGGUGUUGAUCCAACUUUUGCUGCAACCUUUAGAAUGCACAUCAAAAUUAGUCGUUGGAAAUUAAUCUGUGUCUUAAUUUUGUGUUUCCCAUACUACCGAGUUGCAAGCUUGGAGAAUCUGUCAUCAAUUGUUUAAGAUGAUGACCUUCGCCUGUUUCCUUUUUGUUUCUGCCAAACAUAUGGUGGGAUUCUUUCCCUGGCGGAGAUCUGUA